AUGAAUAGGCCCUGGAUCACAGGCUUACUCCUUGUGGGAGUUGUGCUGCACUCCGUUGUUGGUGAUCUAGGUGACAUCAACCAGGUCCAAGAAAGUUUCCCUCCCUCAACCGGCAUCAGUCUGCACGUCCCCGCGCGCCCCAUUACCAUCCAAGACUUUUAUAUCUCGUCAGACGCGAAGGGAAACAACCAGUGCUGCCCUAUCGGAACGGUUUUCGAUGGCCGCGAGUGUAUCUUUCUCCACGCGUCAGUGUGCCCUCCCAACACACUACAGCAGGGAAAUAUAUGCGUCGCCAACCCCUCAUGCCCCCCUGGGUUCCGUUUCGUGGGCAACCAGUGCGUUUCCAACCAGCCACCGAUUUGCCCACCGGGGGCUACGUUCGAUGGCAAUGCAUGCGUUGCUCACGACAGCCCAAGAUGCCCUCCUGGAACAGUGUACAAUGGGCGUGCGUGCAUCGGCACCAGUCCAGCUGUAUGUCCUCCAAACUACACAGUAAAAGGCAACGUUUGUGUGACCACGCAGUCCCCAUCUUGUGGCAAUGGUAUGCAGUUUGAUGGGCACGGAUGCUCGAGCUCGCAGCCCCCCGGAUGCCCACCUGGUACCCAGCUUUCCGCAGGGGUCUGCAUCUCCACCAGUCCUCCCUCCUGCCCUCCGCCACUGCACUUCCAAGGCAACGCCUGUGUCACCUCAUCGCCACCCACGUGUCCCCCCGGAACACGGUUUGACGGGGUUGCUUGUAUUUCGCAAAGCCCACCAAGCUGCACCACUGGUGUCUUCGACGGUGGGGUGUGCAAGGACACGCAGCCCCCGAGAUGCCCCCCAGGCACCGUGCUUCACGGAUCCCUUUGCGUUACGCAGGGAGGUCCUGCCUGUCCGCCGGGCCACAGCCUGUCCGCCCACCAAAAUCAAGUCCGCUGCUGCGUGAGCGGGCUGACCUGGGAUGGGUCAAUCUGCGUCCUCCGACCCGGCCCCGGCCAGUCCUGCCCACCGGGAAGCACGUUCGACGGCACCAACUGCAUUUACUCGCCCACAGUCGCGCCCAGCUGCCCUGAGAACACCAACUUCAACGGCCAGCACUGCGUCUCCUCUACCUUGCCAGUCUGUCGCCCAGGCACCACGUUUAACGGCCAGGUCUGCCUUAGCAGCGAUCCCCCGCAGUGUCCGCCCAAGACCAGCUUUGACGGUCGCAACUGUGUCUCGACCGAUGGUCCGUCGUGUCCGCCCGGCACUGCGCUCAACGGAAACAAUUGCAUCGCCUCGAACCCGCCCGACUGCCCUCCCGGAACCAUCUUCAGCGGCCACAACUGCUUGUCCAGCCAGCCCCCGCAGUGUCCGCCAGGGUCCACCUUGAUUGGGCAAACCUGCCGCUAUCCAAAUGACCCAGAAUGCCCCCCUGGGUCCUCAUUCACUGGGCAGGACUGUGUCACCCCGCAGCCGCCUUCCUGCCCGCCGGGCUUCGCCUUCGACGGUGUGGACUGCGUUCACCAGCACCGACCCCAAUGUGCGCCCGACUACACCUUUGACGGCACCAACUGCGUUUCGAACAAGCGGCCCGACUGCCCACCCGGGACCACGUUCGACGGCCACGCUUGCCUCCACCAGGACCCUCCAACCUGCCCGCCAAACACUGCCUUUGACGGCACCAACUGCGCCGCGACCGCGAAGCCUGACUGCCCGCCGGGGAGUGUCUUUAACGGUCAGAAUUGCGUGCACACCAACCCACCACAGUGCCCACCCGGCUCGACGUAUGACGCUUCGCUCGCGCGCUGCGUCUCUACCAGCAAGCCCGAGUGUCCCCCCGGGACGACCUUUGACGGUAAAGACUGCACCGACCAACAGCGCCCAGACUGUCCGCCGGGAACCGCUUUCAAUGGCGGGGCAUGCGUCUCGACGUCGCCGCCGCAGUGCCCGCCCAAUACCUCGUUUGACGGCACAAAGUGUGUCUCGACCACCGGACCGUCCUGUCCACCCGGCACUCGCCUCGAGAAUGGUACGUGUAUUGUCAACAGAAAUCCGGACUGCCCGCCGGGUACUACGUUUGAUGGCCAGAUGUGUAGCGCCGCUACCAGGCCUGAGUGUUACGAGAUGCACGUCUGCCCGCCUGUUUCUCCGCUCGUGAGCCCGCUCGUGAGCCCCCUCGUGGGAGGUCUGGGCGCAAAGUGA